GUCAGUGUCAAACACAACAGCAGGCUGCGACGUCCCUGUCAACUCCAGGAGUGAACCGGGGCUCCGCGGACAGUAACCAAGAGGAGCGAGCUAUUCAACGCGUUCAGAAGACAUUAAUGAAUAACUGAAGCCAAGUUCGCUUGAAGUUUCUGUCCCCCGAAAAGGCGACAAGUGGCACUUUGGGACGCAAGAGUUGGGGGGAAGGAUCCGUGGAGAGAGCACUAAAGCGCGAAGCUUGCAAGUCGGUCUCCUCCGCUCACCUUUAACAUGGCUUCAACUACCUGCACUCGGUUCACCGAUGAGUACCAGCUGUACGAGGAGCUGGGGAAGGGUGCUUUCUCUGUGGUGAGAAGGUGCAUGAAGAUCUCCACAGGGCAGGAAUACGCCGCCAAAAUAAUCAAUACCAAGAAGCUGUCUGCCCGGGAUCACCAGAAGCUGGAGCGAGAGGCCAGGAUCUGCCGCCUGCUUAAGCAUCCCAACAUUGUGCGGCUUCAUGACAGCAUAUCAGAGGAGGGAUUCCACUAUCUGGUCUUCGACUUAGUGACCGGUGGUGAAUUGUUUGAGGAUAUUGUUGCCAGGGAGUACUACAGUGAAGCUGAUGCCAGUCACUGCAUACAGCAGAUUCUAGAAAGUGUAAAUCAUUGCCACAUUAAUGGCAUAGUGCACAGGGACCUAAAGCCAGAGAAUUUGCUCCUAGCCAGCAAGUUGAAGGGGGCAGCAGUUAAACUGGCAGAUUUUGGACUGGCCAUUGAAGUGCAGGGAGACCAGCAAGCAUGGUUUGGUUUUGCUGGGACACCAGGGUACCUGUCCCCGGAGGUGCUGAGGAAAGAUCCCUAUGGCAAGCCAGUGGACAUGUGGGCCUGUGGUGUGAUCCUCUACAUUCUCCUGGUGGGAUAUCCUCCAUUCUGGGAUGAGGACCAGCACAGACUCUACCAGCAGAUUAAAGCCGGGGCUUAUGAUUUCCCUUCUCCUGAGUGGGAUACAGUGACUCCAGAGGCUAAAGACCUGAUCAACAAGAUGCUGACCAUCAAUCCUGCCAAGAGAGUUACCGCCACAGAUGCGCUCAAACACCCCUGGAUCUGUCAACGCUCCACUGUGGCAUCCAUGAUGCACAGACAGGAGACUGUGGAGUGCCUGAAGAAAUUUAACGCGAGAAGGAAACUCAAGGGUGCUAUCCUGACUACUAUGCUUGCUACUCGCAACUUCUCAGCAGCCAAGAGCCUGCUGAACAAAAAACCAGAUGGUGUCAAAAUCAACAACAAGGCCAAUGUGGUCACCAGCCCCAAAGAGCCUGUACCCACUCCUUCUCUGGAGCCUCAAACCACUGUUAUCCACAACCCAGCUGAUGGAAACAAGGAGUCCAGUGAGAGUGCCAACACUACCAUUGAGGAUGAGGAUGUGAGAGCCUACCUACUUAGCAUGAAAGCUCGUAAGCAGGAGAUCAUUAAAGUCACCGAGCAGCUGAUCGAAGCCAUCAACAAUGGAGACUUUGAGGCCUACACGAAGAUAUGUGAUCCUGGCCUCACAUCCUUUGAGCCUGAGGCGCUGGGCAACUUGGUGGAGGGCACUGACUUCCACCGCUUCUACUUUGAGAACGCUCUGUCCAAGACGAAGCAGCCCAUCCACACCAUCCUGCUGAACCCGCACGUCCACCUGAUCGGGGACGAGGCGGCCUGCAUCGCCUACAUCCGCCUCACCCAGUACAUCGACGGCAGCGGCAUGCCUCGCACCAUGCAGUCAGAGGAGACCCGCAUCUGGCACCGCCGCGACAGCAAGUGGCAGAACAUCCACUUCCACCGCUCCGGCUCGCCCACAGUGCCCACCAAUUGAGAGGACCAUCCUUGACUACAAAACACUCUCCAGCCAACAGCAGUCAGCUGAACAGACCCUGCCUACCAAGUGUCCAUCACCUCCUUCAGCCAAUCCCUGCCCAUGAUAGCUACAGCUCUGCCCUCUCAGUUUGUUGUUUACAUAUUGUUGCUGCUGGACUGAAGAUUAUUGUACAUGUUUGGAAAAAAAAAAAAAAAAAAAGAUUGCAGGAGAAACCUUCCAAGUCUUGACAAUAUAAUUUUGUAGUGAGAGUGUGGUGUUUAUUCUUGGAUAUUGCCACCUGCAGCAUGUUUUUAUUUUCGAGGUUUUUAGAUCAGUAUGUUUUGAAUAGAAGUGGUUUUCAGAGGAGCCAGUUGUUCCAGUUGAUUUUUUUUUUUUUUUUAUUAUUUUUUUUUUUAUCAGGCUGGUCAAAUAUGUGAAACGUCCAGACAUCAUGUAGUGAAAGUUUUUCAUUUCAAUAUUGCAGAUAUUGAGGAGUCAUGAACUGUUGUGAUGUUUUUCGCCUUUGGGCACGAUGGCCAAUAUAUCACCAAUCUGCUUUUUACACAUGUAUCUUUUCUGAAUUGCUAUCCAUUAAAGCUCAGACACAAGCUUGCUUUUGUUUUUUUUUGGUGAUGUAAAGGUUUGGGUAAUUGAUGUAAAUUGCUCUCUUAUCUUAGUCUUUAGCAGUAUCCAUAUGUACUGAGUUGGCUUAUUUCACAGAUCUGUUUGUUUACUAGGAAUUUUAACUACAUGUUUAAAAGGGAAAAAUGAACUAAAGCAUAUGUUUUACCUUGGACCACCAUCUUCGCAGAGCAGCAUGUGAGAACAGUCUCUUAUGAUAGAAUGUAAACUAUAGUGAUGCAUAUAAUUCUUUAAAGCCAUUCUGUGACUCUCCAGUUAAAUCAUAUUUUCAUACAGUUAGAAGCUAAUUAUGUGAAUUUUAUCAGUUCUAACUUGUUUACUUUUUUUUAUAUUGUGAUAUUGUUGCUUGUACUUCCACUUAUUAAUAUUAUUACUUUCCUUUAAGCCCCAUUUACCUUCACCGGUGACCCCCUUUGUUCUUUCUUUGACUGGCGUACGCCAAUGUUUUACUGCACUAUGUUUUACACUGGACAGGACCAAAGCAGAAUCAUGAUGUUCAGCUUAAACUUCAGUUUGAAAAUAAGUUUCCCAUUUUAAUUUCAUUUAGUUUUGUUGCCACGAGGAAUUUGAUCGUUAGCCAGAAUAAUCAGCAAACCACCGUUCUAGUUAUUUUUGUGUCACUGUUGAAUUAAAGGGAAAGGAGAUUGUUAGCAUCACUCAUAGGUUCAUAUUUACAACACUUCAGAUUAGGAUGUUUUGAAAUGUCACCCACAAAAAAAAAACGUUCACGAGUCACGUUCAAAGAUGGGGUCCCAACGAAUGAUUAUGUAUGUUGAGGAUAUUGAGAUUUUCUCUUCAGAAAAAUGCUUGCAUUGUUUGGUUUAAUGACAUUCCUCCCUCACACACUGCCCUUUGUUUUUUUUGUUUUUUUUGUUUUUUUUUAAAUCUAAGAUACAUUCAGUUCCCAAUGGGGUGCUGGGAAAUAACAUUACCAUGCUGGGACAAGAUGUAUGUUUAUGAAAUAUCAAAUAAAAUGUGUGAUUUAUGCUAUUACUUUGUUUGUAUUUGUUUCCUUUUGUCUUCUUUUUUGACUUUUUUGCAUUUUGACUUAUAAAUGCUAGAGCAAGAUGUGUUUAUGUUGUGAAAGACUCACUGCAACCAUCAGCCGAAGGUUGUAAAUAAAGAUAUUGAACAAG